CAAUUCCCAUUUCGAAAACUGAUUGACCAAAGAAAAAGAAAAGAAAAUCUCUGAGUCAGAAUCCUAAAAGAUGGAGAGGGAAUGUGGGAAAAUGUGGGCUUUGAUUGGAUUGCUCCUCUUGAAUUCCGUGACUGAUGUUUCCUCCCUCUCGAUAACCGUAGACAAACUCGAAUGCGUGUAUGAGCCCGUCAAUUCGGAAGGAGACAACAUUUCCGGCAACUUCGCCGUCGUCGAUCACCAGAUCUUCUGGUCCGCCGAUCACCCGGGCAUCGAUUUCUACGUGACUGCUCCUGGGGGUAUGAUCGUUCACACUGAGAAGGGGACAGCUGGGAAUAAGUUUGAGGUCAAGGCCCCAUUGCGUGGAAUGUACAAAUUUUGUUUUCACAAUCCUCACGGUAGUACACCCGAGACAGUUUCCUUCUAUCUCCACAUCGGCCACAUCCCCAAUGAGCACGAUCUUGCCAAAGAUGAACAUUUGCACCCAAUCAAUGUUAAGAUCGCUGAGCUGAGAGAGUCUUUGCAGUCUAUUACAGCCGAACAAAUUUACUUGAGAGCACGUGAUGAUCAACACCGUCAUACAAAUGAGAGCACAAGGAAGCGUGUUAUAGGUUACACAGUGGGAGAGUACAUUCUGCUAAGUCUGGUGAGUGUGCUUCAAGUUGUAUAUAUCCGACGUCUCUUCAACAAAUCUAUCGGAUACAAUCGAGUUUGAGCUUCAAUCAUUUUGUUAUUC